AUGCAGUCAUCAUUAGACGACUUAGUCCAAUAUACACAGCUUUUUAAACCCUUGCCAACUGUUCUUCAAGGGACUGUGCUACCAUUUUUGUUAAUUUAUCCAGCUGUGUUUUAUUCAUGGAUUGCUGUGUACGGCUUUGAGGAAAAUUUCGAAGCAGGUUUUGUGUCAGUCGCAGUCGUAGCUUUUGUACAAAUUCUUAUUUGUCUCUGUUGCUACUGGAGCGUACAUAUUCAGUGUUUUCUCUCAUGUUCUUCGGUUAAGGAUCCAAUUCAAGCAGAAAUAGUUAAAGUCGUACCGACAUUAAAUAAUGGAUUCUCUGAAAUUGUCAAACUACAUCAUACAAGGUCAACCAAAAAAGGCAGUAUACAACCAGAUGUGUGGUUCAUAUUUCAAAAGAGUAAAUAUCUCUAUGAUUGGGAUAAGAAAACAUUCCGCACUAUUGAGUUUCCUACUCACAAGACCUAUGAAGAGUAUAUGGACUCUAAAGGAUAUACUGAUGAUGAUGCCAUUGAUCUUGCAGAAAAAGAGUUUGGGAAGAAUGAAAUGAUAAUGGUGGUCCCAGAAUUUAUGGAAUUAUUCAAGGAGAGAGCAACAGCACCAUUUUUCGUAUUUCAAGUUUUCUGUGUAGCACUGUGGUGUUUAGAUAAAUAUUGGUAUUACUCCAUAUUUACUCUUGUUAUGCUAGUUAUGUUUGAGUGUACCCUUGUACAACAGCAACUUAGAAACAUGGCAGAGAUAAGAAAAAUGGGCAACAAACCUUAUAAUAUCAAUGUGUAUAGAAACAGGAGGUGGCGCCAAAUAAUGAGUGAUCAGCUCUUACCAGGAGAUGUAGUGUCCCUCACAAGAUCUCUUCAUGAAAAUUUAGUACCUUGUGACAUUGUCCUUUUAAGAGGUUCAUGCAUAGUUGACGAGUCUAUGUUAACAGGUGAAAGUGUUCCACAAAUGAAAGAAGCCAUAGAAAACGAAAAGAAUUUAAAACUAAACUUAGACACUGAAGGUGAUGGUAAACUGCACUUAUUAUUUGGUGGUACUAAAAUAGUUCAACAUUCCUCCCCCACUAAGAGUGCCUCAUCAUCCCUCAAGGCUCCUGAUAAUGGAUGUAUUGGUUAUGUCAUUCGCAAUGGUUUUAACACAUCACAGGGAAAACUUUUAAGAACUAUUCUGUUUGGUGUGAAGAGAGUAACUGCUAAUAACCUUGAGACAUUUGGUUUCAUAUUGUUUUUACUCAUCUUUGCGAUUGCAGCAGCCGCUUAUGUGUGGGUCAAGGGCUGCGAAGAUCCCGAAAGGAACAGAUACAUGCUAUUUCUAGAAUGUACACUCAUAUUGACAUCUGUUGUGCCUCCAGAAUUGCCUAUAGAGUUGUCUUUAGCAGUGAACACAUCCUUAUUAUCAUUAUCUAAGUUAGCAGUAUUUUGUACAGAACCAUUCAGAAUACCCUUUGCUGGAAAGGUAGAAAUAUGUUGUUUUGAUAAGACUGGUACAUUAACAAGUGAUAAUUUAGUCGUAGAAGGUGUGGCCGGUAUAGGUGACCACACAGAUGCAGUAGUCAUUCCACUGUCGCAAGCUCCGAUGGAAACUAUACAAGUCUUAGCGUGUUGCCAUUCCCUUGUUCAAUUGGACGAUGGUGUUGUGGGGGAUCCUCUAGAGAAAGCUACUUUAAAAGCUGCAGAAUGGAAUUUGACCAAGGGAGAUGCUGUUGUGCCAAAGAAAGGAAAAUCGCCGGGCCUCAAAAUAGUUCACAGAAACCACUUUUCAAGUGCACUCAAGAGAAUGUCGGUAAUAGCAGGUUAUCAGAUCAAUGAACGAGGAUUUAUGGAAACACAUUAUAUCAGUAGCGUAAAAGGUGCACCGGAAACUGUAAAAGGCAUGCUCAAAGAAGUUCCUAGUCAUUAUGAUCAUGUAUAUUUAACAUUAUCGAGACGAGGAGCAAGAGUUCUGGCAUUAGGUUAUAGGAAUUUAGGUAAAUUAACUUCUCAAGAAAUAAGGGACAUGUCCCGCGAGGAUAUUGAAUCUGAUCUUACUUUUGUUGGUUUUGUUAUAAUUUCGUGUCCUCUGAAAAAUGAUUCUAAGAAAGCUAUAGCAGAAAUCAUUCAUGCUUCUCAUUCUGUGGUAAUGAUUACCGGUGACAAUCCGUUGACAGCGUGUCAUGUGGCCAAAGAAUUGAAGUUUACUCAGAAAUCGGAAGUGCUUAUUCUGUCGGAAAGUAGCAAUACUUGGGGAUGGAAAUCUAUAGAUGAGGAAGUAAACCUGCCCGUAAAUCCUUUUAGGACUUCAAAACAGUUGACUUCUAAAUUCGAUUUGUGCAUAACAGGUGAAGGUUUGACUUUCUUGAAUGAGAAUCACCACAAGUUUAUGUUGGAGUUGAUGCCUCAUAUCAAAGUGUUCGCAAGAUUUGCGCCAAAACAGAAAGAAUUUGUGAUAGUUACACUGAAAUCUCUUGGUUACGUGACACUCAUGUGUGGUGAUGGCACCAACGACGUUGGAGCAUUGAAACAUGCUGAUGUGGGAGUGGCGAUUUUAGCGAACGCACCCGAGCGUCCCCGGGAGAGAGUGCGGGAAGAGCGCGUCGUGGAGGAGACGACGCGGCGCGGGCCGCACGGCGCGCGCGCCGACGCACGCGCCGAGGCCGCGGCGCGCCUGCGCAAGGCCAUCAAGGAACUCGAAGACGAGGACCAGCCGCAACUCGUGAGGUUGGGAGACGCUAGUGUGGCUGCACCCUUUACCAGUCGGCUUUCCAGUAUAUUUUGCAUUUGCCACAUAAUCAAGCAAGGUCGCUGCACACUGGUGACCACACUGCAGAUGUUCAAGAUUUUGGCCCUCAACGCUUUAAUCUUGGCCUACUCUCAGUCCGUGUUGUAUUUGGAUGGUAUCAAGUUUAGUGAUACACAAGCUACGUUACAGAGUUUACUACUUGCCUCAUGUUUUUUGUUUAUAUCAAGAUCGAAGCCACUGAAACAGUUAUCAAAGCAGCGCCCUCUACCGAACAUUUUCAAUGUUUACACGAUAAUGACGGUGCUCACACAGUUCGCGGUGCAUUUCCUCUGUCUAAUAUACUUAGUGAAUGAGGCCACAUCCCGUUCACCCGGCAGGGAUACAAAGGUAAAACUGGACAUGGACUUGGCUGAGGAUGAGGAACGGGAAUUCCAACCGGACCUACUCAACAGCACAGUAUAUAUCAUCUCUAUGUCGCUGCAAAUAUCCACAUUCGCCAUCAAUUAUAGGGGAGAACCGUUUAUGGAAGGAUUAAAGGACAACAAACCUCUACUGUACAGUAUUUUGGUAUCAGGCGGCGCUGUGCUUGCGCUCGCCGCGGGAAUUUUCCCAGACCUCUCAAAUAUGUUUGAAAUCGUAUAUUUCCCACCAGACUAUCGGCUGAUAUUAGUACAAGUUUUGAUAGCAGACAUGAUGUUCGCGUAUUUAGUGGACCGCCUCUGUCUAUUCCUAUUCGGCGAGACGGGCGUCCAUAGAGUCACGUAA